AAACCACAAAUAACACAAACACAAACACAAAAAUACAAUAAAAUAUUCUUCAUCUUCCUCAAACAGGAAGUUUCUACACUCCUCCCAUGGACAACCUAACAAUCAACUUUUGUUUGCACUCCUAAAACCCCCAUUUCAUUAGAACUUUCCAGAACAAUCCUUGUUCAUCUUCUCCAUACGCUUUAUUAAAUUCCCCCAUUUCCCUUAAAUUCCCUGAAACCAGCACUGAUCGACGACCACCAAUUCUGUUCUUUUUUUCUCUCGGGCAUUUCAUCGAACACAUUGUGUGCAACAAUGGCGGACGACGGCGUUGUAGUGCUAUACGACGGUUGCAUUGUCACCACCGAUCCCACCAACAAAAACCCUAACCCCUUUUCGAUCAAAGUUGGAUUAACCCAGAUGCUUCGCGGUGGCGCAAUUGUGGAAAUCGCCGAUCCACGGCAAGCUAAAAUCGCCGAAAAUGCAGGCGCCUGCUGCAUUUCUGUCUCUGGCGAUCAAAAGGGUAUCGGUAGAAUGGCGGACCCAUCUCUGAUCAAAGAGAUUAAACGCAGUGUUUCGAUUCCCGUCAUCGCUAAAGCUCGGGUUGGACAUUUCGUCGAAGCUCAGAUUCUUGAAUCGGUUGGAUCCGAUUACAUCGACGAGAACGAGCUCUUAUCGAUUGCCGAUGAAGAUCAUUUCAUAAACAAGCAUAAUUUCCGGGCCCCGUUUGUUUGCGGGUCGAGGGAUUUGGGUGAAGCUUUGAGGAGAAUUCGAGAAGGAGCUGCUAUGAUUCGUACCCAAGGGGAUUUAUCCGGGUCAGGUAAUAUUGCUCAAACUGUAGGAAAUGUUAGAAAAACAAUGGGUAAUGUAAGGGUGCUCAAUAAUAUGGAUGAUGAUGAAGUUUUUACCUUUGCUAAGAAAAUUGGGGCGCCUUAUGAUUUGGUAGCUCAGACUAAGCAAAUGGGCCGGCUUCCGGUGGUCCAUUUCGCCGCCGGUGGGAUUGUUACCCCUGCUGAUGCAGCCCUCAUGAUGCAAUUGGGUUGUGAUGGGGUGUUUAUUGGGUCCGAGGUUUUCGACGGGUCGGACCCGUUUAAGCGUGUCCAGGCCAUUGUGGAGGCGGUGAGGAACUAUAAUGACCCGGUUGUUUUGGCUGACGCGUGCUCCGGACUGAGCGGCGCUAUGGGGAGGAUGAAUAUCAAUGAUGAUAACAGGGUGGUUGAAGUUUGAAGCAAUGAAAGGUAUCUUGUUCUAACUUAUUGAUAAAGAGUUGGAAAAAUGUUAUGCUUUAGAACUCUUAGAUGUUGUUCUUGUUCACUUGUUUGAUGUUAUUGUCCAAAAAAAAAUGUGGUUUCAUGAGGCAUGAAUCAUGUUGUAGUUGUAUUAUGUACUUUGUUAUGUACCUUGAUCAUGUUGUAAUAUGAGGAAAUAUAGAGUUAUGGUUGAAUAAAAUAGUUACUCUUUGUGAUUGUUGUGA